AUGUUUCGCUCUUCCCCUCUUCUGAGCCUUGCACUCGGCACCCUGUCUGCUGUCGGUGCACAGGAGUUGCCCGCUGUGCUGACUGCAGACAUUAUCCAAGGUUUGGGUAAUAACACCCUCUUCACCAGAUGGCGCCCGACCUACCAUUUCAGUGGGCCCGCUGGAUGGCUAAAUGACCCAUGCGGUAUGAUGUACGAUCCUACGACAAAGACGUACCAUUUGCAUUACCAAUGGCACCCCAACCACGUGAACUGGGGCAAUAUCUCUUGGGGCCAUGCCACCUCCAAGGAUAUGAUCACGUGGACUGAUGUUGGAGGUUGGGAAAAUGACCAAGCUCAGUCUCUCGGCACUGGACCCAACCCUGACUCCCGAAACUCGAGCUACUACGGUUUGGGCAUCUUUUCCGGCAGUGGCCAACCGUACAACCUCCAUGGUGAGCAGGACGGUACGCUCAUCAACUUCUACACUUCGGUGCAGCAUUUGCCUACCAACUGGGCUAUCCCUUAUAUCCCAGGAACCGAGAAACAGAGCAUUGCCAUUUCCAAGGAUGGUGGUGAGACUUGGGAGCAGUAUGCUGGAAACCCCAUCUUGUCCCACCCGCCAGAGGGCUGGAACAUUACUGGAUGGCGUGAUCCCUUCGUUGAGCCUUGGCCAGAAAUGGAUGCUCUCCUUGGACACGAGGAGCCACACUGGUACAUGGCCAUGGGCUCCGGCAUCAAGGGAGAGAAUGGCGGUGGCCGCAUUCCCUUCUACAGCGCCCCUGCAAACAACCUGACUGACUGGACUUUCUUGGGUGCUCUCUGGGAGCCAAAGAGAAACGAAACUCUUGGUUCUCUGCUCGAGACUGGAACAUACGGCUUCAACUUUGAGGUAUCAAACUUUUUCUCUCUGAACGACGAGGAUGAUGAUGUUCACUACUACGUACUCAUGGGUACUGAGGGUGGAAACCUUACCUGGCAUCCACGUGCGCAAUGGGGUCUCUGGAACGAGGGACAAGUCAACAAGCGUGAAAAUGGCUCGGUCGAAUUCACUCCAGUUGCUGGUGGUGCGAUCGACUCCGGACUGCUCUACGCUGUAACCAGCUUUGUGGACUCGAAGAACGACCGACGCAUCCAAUGGGGCUGGGCUAACGAGGAGAACAACAACUUUGCCAUUACUCAGACAGGAUACCAAGGCGCUAUGGCCAUUCCUCGGGAAAUGUACGUCAUCAAGACCAGCCACCUGGUCAACAACGACUCGCAGUUGACUACCAAGGGCAACACUCGUGUUGUCGAGCACGGUAACGGUACUUUUACGGGAUACACUCUUGGUGCCCGCCCUCUGCCCGAGAUUAUCGAAGCUCUCCACAAUGGCUCGGAGCCUCAAGUCAUUGACGGCAAGGAUGGUUGCGCUAGUGGAGACGUCUCCGGCAACGGUACCAGCCACAUGCAUCUCCAGGUUACCCUUUCCGACUUCACCGGCCCUGCUGGUGUCGUGAUUGCGCAGUCGCCCAAUCACGAGGAGCAGACCGUUGUGUGGUACAGCCCUGAGAACUAUACCAUCAACGUCGACCGUUCGCACUCAUCUACGAUUGUCGAGUUUGCCAACUACACCAUGCUCGGCUACUUCUACCCGUACACUUUCGCCAACGGUACCACCGAGUCUCUGCACAUGGACAUCUUUGUUGAUGGCUCCCUGGUCGAGAUCCACGUGAACGACCGCUUCUGGCUCACGACCCGUAUCUACCCUGCCCGCACUGACAGCACUGGAUUCGGCAUCUGGGCCGAGGAGGGCUCCACCGUCAAGGCCAAGGACCUCAAGGUCUGGGAUAUCGACUUCAACGUCUUCCCUGAGAGGCCAGAGAACUCGAGCAGCAAGCUCAUCUAUGACACCCCAGAGGAAACCAACAACUAUGUUUGGUGGACUGGAAACUAA